GUCAGGACAGAACGCGGUGUUUCCUUUUGACCUUCUGAAUAUACACCUUUUGAGCUAAUAGAGAGCUUCCUGCGGCUGCGCUAGGCUUCUAUUCCCCUAAUCUAAUCGACAUCUCUUUGUCAGAAGCUCAUCUCUUUCACUUCCCCUCCCCCGCGGUCACCACGAUACCAGAAGUCCAACUGGACGAGCAGUCGCUAUGCCUCAUUCAAUCCCUGUGCCCCCCACGGGCUUCCAGGCUAUCAUUCUGUGCGGGCCUGGUGUUUCUCUCAACACCUUUACCUCGAACCCGGAAGAGUUCCCCAAAGCUCUGAUCCCAAUUGCGAACCGUCCGAUGCUGUGGUACCCAUUGGAUUGGUGCUAUCGCAUGGGAAUUACCAACAUUACACUCAUCACACCCCCUGCUAGCAAAGCCCCGCUGGAAGCAGCUCUCUCACAGAACCCUCACCUUACCUCCCUCCCCUCGCCCUCCGCGUCCGUCGUCGCACCGGCCGACCUUACCUUGACGACUGGUACCGCAGAACUGCUCCGUCUCCCCGAAGUUCAGUCGAGCAUCAAGUCCGAUUUCCUCCUCCUUCCUUGUGACCUUAUUUGCGAUAUCCCGGGCGAGUCUCUCUUGGAGGCAUGGAUGGUUUCACAAAGUGCAUUGGGCGGAUCGACAGUCCGCGACGGUCGCCAUACACACGGCCCGAGAUCCGUUGGAAUGGGUGGUGAACAAGGUGGCCGACGGGGUGGACUGGGCGUGUACUACCAGACCCAAGGCAGGGAAGAGAGUGUCAAGGGAGAAGUGACGGACUUUGUGGCUACGACUCCUCUCGAGCAGGACGAGGCACCCGCCGUGUCGCAUCCGCUGGAUGGACCAGCUUCGAUACGGUUUGGGUUGUCCAAGCUUGUGCUGUCUAUGCCGAUGGAUACGUUGAAGGAGAAGAUGGAAGAGGAUAAGGGGUUGCUCAUUCGUCACUCUUUGGUUAAAAAGCACGCGCAAGUUAAGAUGCUGUCGAGCUACCGCGAUGCCCAUAUAUACGUCUUUCCCCACUGGGUCAAGGAUCUUGCGCGCUUGAACGAAAAGUUCGAGAGUGUUAGUGAAGACCUGGUGGGCUGGUGGGCAAAGUCUGGAUGGCAGGCAGGCCUAGGUGACAAACUGCGAUUAAGGGAAAUCUUCGAGCCCGCGAAGCAGGAAGAUGGCGAGAACACCAGCUACGAUGGCCCGGCUCUUGAGGAGGAAAUUGACCUUAAGGCCAUGAGUACCACGAAGGCGGGCGCCGGCGCAUCCCGCGACACAACCGCACCAGGAAGCGUCCCCGAACUCGCCCCAUCCCGCACAAACUCCAGCCUCGAAGCCGCCCCCAAAGAAUCCUCAGCGAAAGACCUCAUCGUCCCCCCAAUGCUCGCCUACGUUCACUCCUCCAUGCCCUCCGCCCCGCUCCUCCGCCGCAUCGACAACUCCGCCAUCCUCCUCUCCAUCACCCUCCGCCUCGCCAAACUGGAAUCCGUCGAAGAAGCCGGCCGCACAGCCUCCUCGCCCUUCGCCCACAACCAAAAAGUCGCAUACCCCGCCGGCAUCGCCCAGCGCUGCACAGUCACCAAAGCAGACUGCCUGCUCGCAGAGAACGUAACCGUCGAAGAAAAAUGCGUCAUCAAGGAAUCAGUCAUCGGCGCAAACUGCCACAUCGCCAGCGGCGCACGCCUCACCCGCUGUCUCGUCAUGGACGGCGCCGUGGUCGGCGAACGAUGCCAGCUGACGGGAUGUAUCGUCGGACGACGGUCCAAGAUCGGUCGCGAGAGCGUGCUUAAAGACUGCGAGGUUCAGGACGGUAAUGCUGUUGAGGAAGAGACGGAUGCGAAGAACGAGAAGUUUAUGAUCUUCGAGGGGUUGGAUGAGGAUGAUGAGGAGGAGGGGGAGGGGAUGGAUGUUUCGGGGGAGUUUGAUGGGGAGGGGGAUUUGGGAUUUUAGUCAAGUCUCUUUUUCUCUCGUCUCGAGGUUUAUGAUUAUGAAGUGUUUAUGCCAGGGUAAUGAGGAUAGAUG